AUGUCUGACGAAAAUUUUGUUACUCUCUUGGAUGAUCUACUAUCAAAUGAUUACCGUCCGAUGGGCGAUACUAUUCAGCCAGGAGUAGCUGUGUUGGUUGCAAUCGAUGAUCAAAUUGUUUAUCAACGUUACAUUGGUUUUGCUAAUAUGUUGAAGUUAGAAGCCAUUACAUGUGACACUAGUUUUCGUCUGGCUUCGUUAUCCAAACAGUUUAUAGCCUAUGGGAUCAUUUUGUUAGAAAGUCAAGGUAAACUAAAUCGGCAAGACAUUCUGAAAUCGUGUUUUUCAUUGGAAUUUAUUCAAAGGUGUCCGAAGAUAAGCAACACAGUGUGUAUUCAACAUUUACUAGAUCAUUCAUCAGGAGUCAUGGACUAUGAGAAUAACGAAUCACUGUCAGAUGGUCGUCAAUGGUUAGAUACUGAUGUUCUUGUCAUGCUCAAAGAUGAGACAUAUUUUCAACCAGGCUCACAAUUUCGUUAUAGUAAUACUGGUUACAUUUUACUUGGACUGAUCAUUGAAGUAGUUUCUGGUCAAGCACUCGGUGACUUCUUGCAACAGUUCAUCUUUGAACCAUUUGGUAUGAAGACAAGUAUCGUUUUCCAGUUAGAUCAUCUUCAAAUAGUGAAUCGAGCUUUUGGAUAUGCAGAAAAAGAAGACGAUAAACACUAUUGUCUUUAUGAUCAAAGCCCAACAAGUGCAACCAGAGGAGAUGGAGGCAUCUACAUGUCAAUCAACGACUACUUUCAAUGGUAUCGACAUUGUCAGACAAUGAUGUCAACUGUUUUUCCAAUUCAAAAUGAGUUGAGCUCUUCUGCAAAAUACUAUUCACUAGGUUGGUUCUUUUCUAAUGAAAACGGGCACGCACGCAUUCAUUCUGGCCAUUCAUGUGGUUUUACACAUCAAGUUUUUCGCAUCGACGAAGAACAACGCCGAGUCUUGGUAAUCUACUUAUCAAAUAUCAACGCGAAUGAUGAACGAUUAGCCAAUUUCAACCGUCUAAUUGUAGACAGAAUUCCACAAUUAAGACCAAAAGACUUAGAUCUACUUCAUUGUCUGAAAGAAUUAACAAGAUGA